AAAACCAGUGAAUUCCAGCCUUUUCUAGGGUUGGAGCUUUGCGCCUGCACUGAUCGCAGCUCUCAUCUCCUCGCUCGCCUCCUCUCUCUCUCUCUCUCUCUCUCCUCUAUCUGCAGCCGGAGCUGCUCGCGUCCCGACCGCCAUAGAACACCGCUCCGAGGCCGCGGGUUUCUCCGCUCGGCGCGUCCUCUCUCGUCCAUCGCGCGUCGGUUCCGGCGUUCCGCACCGCCGCCGCCGACGAUCCGCCACCUGGGAGCGCGCGUUCCGUCCCGCGGGUUCGCCGGCGAAGUGACCGCCGUUGCUCGGGGCUAGCGACUGUGCUGCGGCGGCGAUGGACGCUUUGAGGAGCUACGGAGCUCGGUUGAGGGAACCCGCUCUCGAGUCGCCGCGUCUUAGGAGGAGCGAUGCUUGCAAGAGGAGGAAUGUGCAAUGGAGGUCUCCACGAGCAGCUGUCAUACCUAAUUUUCAUCUCCCUAUGCGUAGUUAUGAAGUUAAAAACAGGACAUCAACAGAUGAUAUAAAGGCUCUUCGAUUGAUAACAGCCAUCAAGACUCCAUACCUACCUGAUGGCAGAUUUGAUCUUGAAGCAUAUGAUGACUUGAUUAACAUGCAGAUUGUACAAGGUGUAGAAGGUGUAAUUGUUGGCGGCACAACUGGUGAGGGUCAACUGAUGAGUUGGGAUGAGCACAUCAUGCUAAUUGGUCACACAGUUAAUUGUUUCGGUGGAUCGAUUAAGGUGAUUGGGAACACUGGAAGCAACUCAACCCGUGAAGCAAUUCAUGCCACUGAGCAAGGGUUUGCUGUUGGAAUGCAUGCUGCUCUCCACAUUAAUCCGUACUAUGGGAAAACCUCCUUGGAGGGCUUGAUCUCCCACUUUGAUUGCGUGUUGUCUAUGGGCCCCGCCAUCAUAUAUAAUGUGCCAACAAGAACUGGCCAAGACAUUCCACCCCGUGUCAUUCAUGCCUUGGCUAAGAGUCCCAAUUUGGCGGGUGUUAAGGAAUGCGUUGGGAAUGACCGGGUUAAACAAUAUACAGAUAAUGGCAUUGCUGUUUGGAGUGGAAAUGAUGACCAGUGCCACGAUGCCAGAUGGAACUAUGGGGCUAUGGGAGUUAUCUCUGUCACCAGUAACUUAAUUCCAGGUUUAAUGCGGGAACUCAUGUUCGGAGGGAAGUAUCCGUCUCUUAACUCGAAGCUCAUGCCUUUGAUGGAAUGGCUGUUUCACGAGCCAAACCCCAUUGGCUUGAAUACUGCCCUUGCCCAGCUUGGAGUUGCAAGACCAGUUUUCCGUCUACCUUAUGUACCGCUUCCUCGGGCUAAGAGGGUGGAAUUUGUGAACAUAGUUAAGGAGAUUGGGCGGGAGUAUUUCGUGGGAGAUAAAGAAGUUGAGGUCCUCGAUGAUAAUGACUUCACCUUGAUAGGUCGCUACUAGACUGGUGCGAUCUGCAUCCUGGAGACUGGUUUUUUGCUCGGAAAAUUAUGUCAAAGAAAAUAUAAUAGAGAACACUAAGGCGUGUAGGAGCUUUGGCUUGUGAUGUUUGUGAAUCCAAUAUGGAUCUGUGGCUGUGACUACUUGAGUUAAUGAAAUAUAUUUUGUACCAGUAGAUUUGGUAGACAACAACAGGUGUGCUGAUUGGUUAGUAAACUUUGCUUUGAGGUAUUACCUAUGUUAAACCAACGGUGUGUCGACCCUUUCCGUUGUAAUUUCUUUGGAUUUUCGGAGAUCAAGGGAAGUUCUAUCUUGCAUUUAA